ACUGUGGCCCGUGCCGUUGAUUUCGAGCGCUUGACGGCGAGCUGCGUGGAGCUCUAGAUCGAUUCUACAAUCAGUUCUUCUUUUCUGAUAAAAUCUAGUUAGUUGGAAUCGGCAAGCAACAAUUUUUUUAUGAGACUAUCAUGAUUACUUGAAUGUGUGGUGUAUCUGCCUGUGUCCUGAUUGUUAAUUUUCUGUUUAUGCUAAAUGGAAUCAAGUUUUUGUCUCAGUAGUUAAUUAGUUAUUCUUGGUGGUGCUCAUUUGCUAAGAAAACAAUUUGGAACUUCCGGUACCCUGCACAAAGUAUAUGGGAAAACAUAGUGAAUAUAAUGAAGAGAAUGUGAGCUGUGAACAGGAGAAUGAUAGCGAGAUCGAAGAAGUUCCUUCUGAGGAGGAAUAUAUUGAAGUGAGUGAUGAACAAAACCUUGAUGAAGAGUCCAGUGAAGGAGAGGAACCCUGUGAAGAACUUAUUGAAGAAGAUCCUGAUGAAGAACUCAUUGAAGACGAUCCAGAUGAAGAACUUAUUGAAGAAGAUCCUGAUCAAGAACCUUACAAGAAGGAACUUUGUGAGGAGCAAGGUGAAGAACUAUAUGAAAGUGAACCAGAAGAAGAAGAGGAGAUUGAUGAUGAACGUAUUGAGGUACAUGGUGAAUAUGUUCAAGAAGGAUUUGAACCUCAGACAUCUUUGAAGCAUAAUGAUGAAAAGCAUAAGUUGAGCUCUGGACCUUCCUGUUUAGAUAAGAAGAGAAGAUCAGCUGGUAAAUCCCAAGGGUAUGAGGAAAACAGGCAAAAACAUAAUGAGGACUCACACACUUAUUCCACCAGUAUGGAAGAAAAAGAGAACACUCAAAGGUUUGGUAAUAAAAGACGCAGCAAAUGGGAUAAAGACCCUGAAACUUACAGAGUGGAAUGCAGUACUAAUCCAGAUACUACAACUAAAAAGCGAAGGACAAGAUGGUCUACUGAGGAUUCCCAAUCAAAAUUGUUAGACCCUUCAAACCUUCCAGAUUUUGUCAAAAAUAUCGUAGGUGGUACUUCUGCUGAUCCAGUACUUGAGAAAUUGAACUCUGAGCUCAUUCAAAUUAACCAAAAAUUGAAUGAUAUUGUAUCAGUUGACAACCAAGCUUCUCUGAAUGAUCCAAUCAAGGCCAAGCUUGAAAAGAAGCUCAUAAAGAGGCGGCAAGAGAUCAUGUUACGGCUGAUUCAGGGGAAUGCUGCUUUCUAUUUCCGUCCUAAAAAGCUUUUCAGGAAGCUCUACAUACCAGUAGAGGAAUACCCUGACUACAAUUUUGUUGGUCUUAUACUUGGUCCAAGGGGGAACACACAGAAAAAAAUGGAGAUGGAAACAGGGGCUAAGAUUUUGUUGCGAGGUAAAGGUUCUACCAUGAAAAAUAAGCACACUGUAAAAAACUUGGAGGAUGAUGAUUUACAUGUCUACAUAGAGGCAGAGACCCCGGAGUCACUGAAUGCUGCAGCCAAGAUGGUAGAAAAACUGCUAGUUCCUAUGGAAGAAACAAUGAAUGAACACAAGAAAUUUCAGCUGAGGGAGCUUGCGGCAUUGAAUGGAACACUUAGACAAGAUGAAUAUAGUUGUAAAACACAAAAUCCAUGUGAUAUCUGUGGAAACACAAUGCAUCCUACCACAUCUUGUCCUUUGACUGCUUCAAAUCCUGGAGUCAUCAAAAGUAACGAUUUCCUCGCUUAUGUGGGUAGUUUUGGAGCUUCCCCAUUUAUCCAUCCCCAAGUUCCUAGUUACAGUCCUACCUUGGUCGGCAAUCAACAAUCUGAAGCUUUGGCAUCUUCAAACAUAAAGUGUUUAAACGAGAUGAAUGUGACUAAUUUAUAUGUAGCCCAUCUUCCACAUUUCGUGAAUGAUGAAAAACUAAAAGAACUUUUUUCACCAUUUGGAUGCAUCUCCAAGGCAGUAGUGAUCAAGGAAAAGACCACCGGUUUAAGCAAAGGAUAUGGUUUUGUCCACUACACUGAUCCUGCCUGUUCUGCAGCAGCGGUCACUCAUAUGAAUGGGUACAGUAUAGCUGGAAAGAUUCUUUUAGUUAAAGUUGCAGAUCAUCUAUUGUCUAAUACCAAUACUAAUAUUAUAACACAACAAUCAAAUUUUGGCAAUCUACCAAGCCAUCCAACUGCAACAAUUGCUCAGGGAGUACCUGAUGUUAUGAGCUGGCCAGGUCCUCCAGGAUCUAUUCUACCUGAAACUCAUGUAACUUUUCCUUCAAAAAACAGUUUGGCAGCUGAUUCUUCAAGCUAUCCAGCUUUCGUUUCUCAAGGUGAGCAAUGUGCUAUGAGUUGGCCAGGUCCUCCAGGAUCUAUGCUUCCUGAAGCUUAUGCAUCUUUUCCUCCAAAAAACAGUUUUGCAGUUGAUUCUUCAAGCUAUCCAACUUCUUCCAUUUCUCAAGGUGAACAAGGUGCUAUUAGUUGGCCAGGUCCUCCAGGAUCUAUGCUUUCCCAAGCUCCUGAAUCUUUUCCUCUAAAAAAAAGUUUUAUGACAGCAGAUUUUUCAAUCUAUCCUACUUCUGCCAUCUCUCAAGGUGAACAUGGUGCUAUGAAUUGGACAGGUUCUCCAGGGUCUAUGUUCCCCAAAGCUCAUGCAUCUUUUCCUCCUAAAAGCAACUUUACAUCAACUGCAGAUUUACUAAGCAAUCGAACUUCAACUUCUGCCAUUUAUCAGCUGGACCCACCUGGUGGUAGGAAUUGGCCUGGCCCUCCAGGAUCUCUGCUUCCUGAAGCUCAUGCAUCUUUUCCUCCAAAACAAAACUUUACGUCACACACCAAUUGGCCAAGCUAUCCAACUGCAGGUUCUCAGGGAGAAUCUAGUGUUGUAAACUGGCCAGGUCCUCCAGGAUCUAUGCUUCCCUAAGUUCAUGCAUCCUUUCCUCUGAAAAGCAACUUUACAUCAGAUGCUGAUCGUUAAUCGGGCUUUCUCCAUUGUCUAUCAACGCCUCAUGUCAAAAUGUAUGAACCCAUAUGAAUCCUCCGCAUGCCAUCACAAACACAAGGGAACUCAAGUGGUCCCCUGGUUAUAUGAAGAGCAGAGACUUUCAAGAUCAGUAAUGUGGAUUAAUUUGUUCCGACAAUGUACCCUCUUAGUAUGUACCUAGCCCAUCCAACAUGAGCAACCAUUACCCUGGUAAAAGGUAACAACAAGCUUUUGACUAUGUUGUUCAUUGAGGGUUGAUAAUUGGAUUUCACAUCAUGCUCCUUUGUAAUCCUACUGAUAGAAGGUUUUUGCCCUCGUUAAAAAUAGAUAGUGUCUUUUAUUCUUCAUGAUCUUGGUUACAGCUCUAUUGGACCCUCGUGGUUUACAUCCAUAAUAAAAUUGUGCGCCCUCUGUGAAUUGUCUAAUUUACAUGGCUGUUCAUGUGUAA